AUGUUCCGGGGCCGCCGUGCCUGGUUCUCCCGCAGCGUCCAGCCCGGCCCUCAGCAGCUGUGGGUGGCUGGCGGAGGGCUGCUCACCCGCUGGCAGGAUGCCGACUACCUCUUCAGCAGUGAUGCCGCCCACCCCGACACCCGCAGAAUACACAAGAGCCUGGAGUACUUGGACGGCAGAGCUACAGUUUUCCAUUGCUGCUACCUCUCUGCAUGGGCAAACACCAGUGCAGAAAUGAAGGAGUCAGUGGUUCUGGGCCACUUUGUUCUGCCUCCUGCCUGCCUGCAAGAAGAAAUCAGAAGAAAAACUGGUGGCUUUAUUUGGGAGCAGGUGGAUGAUUCCCUUGCAGAACAGAGACCUAAUGAAGAUCUUCAACCUAAUGAAGAUCUGCCGGACGAAGCAGAGAUGGUGAGAAAAGACUGCAAGCAAGAUGUGAGGGAGGAUGUACUGAACCUGUCUGAAAGCAGUGAAGAAAACCCAGGCUCAAGAGCAUCGACCCAGGGGGAAUUUUCAUACCAUGCACUUAAGGAAUACCCGAUGAAUAACAUGGUGACAGGCUACACCUCUGCUCGUGACAUGAAGAAGUACGUCGGAGAGCUACAUGAUUUCAUUCCUGGCACCUCGGGUUACACAGCAUACUGGAUUCAAAAUGAAAUCAAAGUUUACUCUGAUGUGAAAACUAAAAUGAAAAGAAAAUUGUAAGUAACAGGAGGCUGUUCUCAUCAAAAGCUUAACUGAGUGCUGCCAAAAUGCUGUCAGCCAUGUACGGCGAUUCAAUUCUGUUUAGCAACAUCCCAUAGUUAGAUUCUCUGACACCUUACUUACUUUUCUGCAGACUUAUGGUUAUUUUUACUGUCAGUCAGUCUGUGUUCUCACCGUGUUUUAGUUAAAUAGUGAAGAGAUUGGUGGUAUUGAGCUGAGAAUUCUGUGGUUAAAUCUCUGUGGUGUUUGGGAGAAUUUAUAAA